CAGGUAUAUAAAAAUAUGGGGUCGCGGAUCAAGACUAGUAGAGCUUACACCGCCGAGACAGUAGCAACCAUCAAAAUGUAUCAAUACCACGUACUCGCCGUGCUCUUGUGUGCUUUCAGUGGAUACACCUCUGCUACCCUACCGGACUACAUCAAAGUGUGCAAGCGCGACCAGAGCACGAUCAACGCGUGCGUGCUGGAGAACAUCGAACACCUGCGGCCCUACCUCGCCCGGGGAAUCCCCGAGCUCCACGUGCCCAGCAUCGAGCCCUUCUACAUCCCUGAGCUGAUCGCUAUCAGCGGCGAGCUGGCGUCUCUGCACGCGUCUGGCAAAAACCUGAAGGUGUCCGGACUCAGCAACUACACUGUCAAGAGCUUAGACGUGGACCUGGACAAGAUCACGAUCCGCGCAAAGGUGAGGUUCCCGAAACUCCACUUCGACGGCCUCUACAACAUCGACACGCAGAUCCUAGUGGUGCCCAUCAAGGGAGAAGGUGCUCUCACUGCUCAUGCCAGCAAGUGUGAGGCGGACGUGGUGAUCAAGUCCAAGAUCGACAACCGCAACGGCGCGGAUUACUUGAGGUUCACCAAGGCCGACAUCAGCGUCGCCGUGAAGGACUACAUGAUCAGACUCGAUGGGCUCUUCAACGGAGACAAGGCUUUAGGAGACGCCACCAACGAGGUGAUUAACCAGAACAAACAAGACUUCCUGAAGGCAACCCUGCCCUACCUCGAGAAGACAGUCGCCAAGCUGGUCCUGGACUUGGCCAACAAAAUCAUGGAGUCCACCCCCUACUCCGAACUCCUGCCCGUACCCUAAACUAAGACUAUUUAUUAUACCGUAGCUUUAUAUUAUGUAAGUUAUAUUUUAAUAAGCGUCCAUUGCAUUUACUCCACUAGAAGUUUUUGUUGGUUGGCUUAGCAUGACGACACUAAAAAGGAUAGACUCUUAUCAAGAAUAAAAUGACUGACAGUCAAUCUCUCACUAUGUCUAUUCUUCCGUAGAAAGAAACUUAUUAGGUGGUCAUGCUAAGCGUGAUUCAAACUGGAGGUAAAGUACGACGCUUAACUUGUUUUUAUGUGACGGAUGUCUCAAGAAUUAGAUAUUCGUUAGCAAAUCUGUUUCUACUAUAAGCUCAAGUGAUAUUAUAAUAUAUUUAUUUUUAUAUUAAACUGUUAUUUGAACUUAAAAAAAAUAUAAAUUUU